CAAGUGGGCAUAUUCCCAAGACCAGGAGCAUCGCUUUUGCCUCUGAUGUUUCAUGUAAGACCUUAUUUGUAGCUCCAUCAGAGAAGGAAAAGAAGAGGGUGUGCUUUUUAUAUACAUCCCUUUCGCUCUCUCAUUUCCUCUUUCACUCUGCAAAUACUAUCGUUGUCAGCACAAGGACAUCUUCGGUUCUGAAAUUCAGGAGCAGCUCAUUGGUAGAACUUCAGGUGAAGGGGUCACUAAGCAGUCGGACAGCUUGGUUUUCUUUUCUUAAGUUUGGCUGAUUGCUGUGGGACAGAACUUCAGGUCGCACAAGAAAUGGCAGUAAAACCAACAGUUGCUUUGAGGGCUAUGCUUGUUGGAGGGAUAGCCGUAUUCGCAAAAGUGGCAGGUGCAAUGAAGGCUGCUGGUGGUGCUAAGCUGGGGGCAGCAGCAACAGCCAUGACAAUAGCUGCAAGUGCUGCUAUGUCAGGAUCAAAACAAGAUUCAAAGGAUGCUUCACCUUCAAAAUAAUUUUCUAUAAAAAAUUUUGGCUCUAGUUGUAACAUUACUAUGUAGCGUAGUUACUUUUCAAAUCCUCAUAGGCAUGCUGGGGGAAGAACGGCUUUGUUUGUAUUGUAAACUUGAUGAAGAUUGAAUGUCUAAACUACUGGAAAUAAAAGAAACAGCGCAUUUGAUUUGGAUCAUAA